CCCGACCACACCCCACCCCGCGCCUCGACCUCUACCAAUGCUGUCAGCGUCAGCAAAAGGAAAGAACAAUGAGCCGGACGGCGAUGACAUCCGCGACGACGAAUCAGUGUCGGAUGAUGAGAAACUGUCGCCGGAGGAGGCGGCCAAGUUGGAGAUGUUCAUGUCGCCCGUGCCUGGAGCGCCCGAUGGCGUGCACCAGGCUAAUGUCCUCCAAGACAUGGCGAGCAACGCCCGUCUGGCGGCGUCGGUGGGCGUGGCGCAGAUGGUGAUCACGCCCACACUCUGGGGCCCCAACGUCUACAAGGUGCUCAAGCAGGUCCACCCUGACAUGGGAAUGUCGCGCAAAGCCAUGGCUGUUGUAUCGGACAUCGUCAACGACUUCCUCCGCCGCAUGUACCCGGUCAUGGUCCAGCUGGCCAAGGCCUCGUUCCGCGCACACUUUGAGCCGGCAGACGCCGUCACCGCUGCCAGCCUCGUCCUGCAAGGCGAACUGGCCAAGCACGCCAAGUCCGAGGCCAAUCACGCCCUGACCAAGGCCCAGGCUGCCCUGAGCCAGGACACCAACACCACAAAGCGGCUCGAUACCGGCUCGUUUGACGGCCUCGUCUUUGCCAAGCGCACCAUCAAGCGCUUCCUCCUCACAUUAGCCAUGUCUCCACCGCGCUUUGCUGAUGGCACCGUUGUUUGCAUCACUGCUGUCACCGAGUACAUUGUUGCCGAGAUCCUCGAGCUCAGCGGCAACGCCGCCCGCGACAACCGCCGCGCCCGCAUCAAUCCGCGCCACAUCCAGCUCGCCAUCCGCAACGAUGAGGAGCUCGAGAGACUCUUCCGCAACUCGAUCAUCUCAUCUGGCGGCGUUCUACCCAGUAUCCACGCCGUUUUGCUGCCCAACAAGAGCGGCAAGCGCUGAUUGUCUCACACCGCCGUCACCCAUCAAACACACACUCAACCCCC